CUGGACGCGUACGACGAGGAGGAGGCGGCGGCGCGCGGGCCCUGCGCCGACUACCAGCCGGGCGAGGACGACCUGCAGGCCUUCGACUUCAUCCGCAAGUUCCGCCUCGACUUGCCCGAGACCACGUACCCCGGGCUGACGCGCCAAUUGUUUGACAAAAACUGGCACAAAAUUCACUUUGGAGUGUUUCGAGAAGAAGCAGUGUUAUAUGUGGAUUGUGAGCAGACCUCGAUACAGAAGCUCCAACCACGAGGUCCCAUUGACGUAAAUGGGGAAAUUGCAGUUGCAAAGUUGACUGGAAAGAGAGAAACAGUGCCUGUGGAUCUUCAGUGGAUGCUGUUGAGUUGUGACCCUACACGGCCAGAAAGGGAACCCUGUGAUGAACUGCCUAAAAUUGCAGUGAGGCCAGUAUCACCAGGUGGUGGUUCAUGUGAAGUUGUUUGUCCACAAGGACCUCCCGGUUUCAAUGGAACAAAUGGCUUGCAAGGCCCUGUAGGGCCUGCAGGACCACCAGGAGCCCAAGGUCUGCAAGGAGCAACUGGCCUGCUUGGGCCGACAGGGCCUCCAGGAGUUCCAGGAUCACCAGGCCCAAGAGGGCCCAUCGGCCUCAUCGGCGAGCAGGGUCUCCCGGGCUUCCCAGGAGCCAAGGGCGCACGUGGAGCGCCAGGCCGCCCUGGUCCACCUGGUGAAGAGGGUCCGGAGGGGCAACGCGGUGUGCCAGGGCUCCCAGGAGAGGUGGGACCCGCUGGCCGCGAUGGCAGCAAGGGAGAGCGUGGGAGCAAAGGAGACCGUGGAGAGACUGGCCUCUCUGGCCCACGGGGUCUCCAGGGGCCUCCAGGUCCAGUAGGCCCUCCUGGGCAACCAGGCGUGAAUGAGGCUGGAGGCACUGCCCCUGGGGUGCCAGGGGCGCCUGGCCCUCCAGGUGAGCCUGGAGUGAUUGGUCUUCCUGGGCCCAAGGGCAGCAAGGGCUCCCAAGGAGAGAGGGGGGAGAUAGGGCUGACAGGGGAAAAAGGGGAGCGAGGGGUGGCUGGCAUCCCUGGAGUGGAUGGCACCAGAGGCCCACAGGGCAAAGAGGGCCCUCCUGGCCCUCCCGGGCUGAAAGGCGAAAUGGGCUUCAUUGGACCUGCAGGCAUUCAAGGGCCCCCAGGUCUUGUGGGCCUUCCUGGCCCCACUGGUGCUCGUGGAAACACAGGCUCCCCUGGGCAGAAGGGUGAGCCAGGCACUGACGGAGCACCUGGCCUCCCAGGCACCGCCGCCGCUGCUGGGGACCCAGGACCACCCGGCCCAGCCGGACCUCCCGGCCCCCAAGGGGAGGAUGGGGAGCCUGGACCCAAGGGCAGUGAGGGUAGUUCUGGCCCCCCUGGCCCUCCAGGAGUCCCUGGCCUCCCGGGCCGGGAGGGCCAACAGGGGCCUGAAGGAGAAAAGGGCAAACAGGGGAAACCUGGACUCCCUGGCAUUGUGGGGAAGCCAGGACCAAAAGGGGACAGAGGAGACGACGGAGCGCAAGGCUCUAUUGGCCCUCGGGGAUUGCCUGGAGCUCUGGGUGGUCGAGGUGUUCCGGGGACUCCAGGCCCUCCCGGCAUGCCUGGCUUCACAGGACCUGUGGGUCCCCCUGGGCAGCCCGGACCCCCAGGGCCUCCUGGACCUCCAGGGGAGAGCACCCAGAUCCCCAACUCCAUCGGCCUGGACAACACGUGGACCAUCGGGGCCAGAGGUCCUUCUGGCCCCCCCGGACCCACAGGGCUGCCUGGAGAAAGAGGGGCACAUGGAGAGAUGGGGCCCACAGGGCAGCCGGGAGUGCCAGGGAUGCCCGGCAAAGAUGGGGCACCAGGCAUUCCAGGACCCCCUGGUCAAAGGGGCCCCCCUGGGCUACCUGGACUCACAGGACCUCCGGGUCACAGUUUUACGGAAUCUGAAGUCAGAGACAUAUGUGCUGCUGUACUUAGAGACCAGCUGAGUGAAUUGACUGCAACGCUCAUGGGACCCCCUGGUCCUCCUGGGAGGAGCAAGGUUGGCCGACCUGGGGCCCCAGGCCCCCAGGGAUCCCCAGAUCGUAUGGAAGAAUUAACAUCAGGCCUCCGCGGACCACCAGGUCCACCGGGGCAAAGUCGCCUUGGUGACCGAGGUCCUGCUGGCCUGCCAGGCGAGAGGGGCUUCUCAGGCCUGCCCGGCCCAAUGGGGCCCAGUGGACCCCCAGGUCCCCCUGGAGAGAGAGGGGACAAGGGCGACCGGGGCCCAGAAGGUGUGGGAGUAGAAGGACCUGCCGGCCCACGAGGACUCCCUGGACCACCCGGACCAGAAGGCUUAGGACUCCCAGGAAGAGAAGGAGAAAGGGGAGAACCAGGACGCCCAGGAAUGCCUGGGCUAAGAGGUGCACCCGGACCACAAGGAUCACCUGGCUUUUGUGAAUUCUGCAAUUAUCCUACAAGUAACUACAUUGCUGCAGCUCUUGGACCAAGAUCCAGUUCUGGCAACACAAAAGGGCCUUAAUUAAUGAUAAAUAAAAUUUAAGCAAUAAAAAAUUUGUUGUCAAAAUCAAAGAGUUAAAGGCUGGUUACUUAACGCUUUGUUAUUAAGUCCAUCAAUCUGAGAGAAUAAAAAUUAAUAUAUUUUUGGAUAAUCUAUGAGAAAAGACUGUUCUAGCUUACAUUUUUCAUAUAAUAACUAAUCAACCUUCAGAAAACAUUUUGUUAAAACUCUUGUAUAUAUGCUUGUUUUAUAUACAAAUGAUUUCAUACUUAAAUGAAAAGAUUCUUUUUAAUCAAUUUAACUGCAGAAAAUAAUUGUCUGAGAUUAGGCAGAAAGUUGAAUAACAUAUUGUGCUCUUACUUUAUGGUUUCUUUUGGUGUAUCAAAUUUCACUUGGCUAGAAAAUGUUGCUAAAAUUCAAAAGAUUGGGUGCAACAUUUUUUAUGGGACUUUAAAGAAUGUGGUCUCCAUUCUAUGGACCAUGAACUCAGUUUUUAUCACUGCCAAUGUAAAUGUAGAUUAUGUAAGUUUAAUCAUCUCGUUUAAAUAUCAACACUUCUUGCUUAACAUUAUGGGUACCCUGUCAAUAUCCCAUAAUUAUUGUUUUAUUCUUACAUAUAUCGUAUAUGUAUGUCUCAUACAUGGUAUGAACCUGAAACUGGUAAUAUCUUUAUUUACUUUCUGAUCAAUUGAAGAACUUUCAUUAGAUAAAGAUAUCACUGCUAAAUGUAAUAAUUCACAUUAAUAUUAUUGGAGGUGAAGUUUUCCUGUAUUAUAAUUCUGUCUUUUGCACAGUAAUAGUUAUAUCUUGUUAUUAUUGUAUAGUUUUUCUUUGUUAUUUCAUGAUAUGCAGACUGUUCAUCAAGUUAUUUGGACAAGUCUCAUUGAUGUUCCAGAGAUUCAAGUAGCACCAUGUGCUGACUUUAUUAUUUCUAAGAAGUGGUGAGGAAGUUUUCCAUUAUGAAUGAGUCAAAUAUAGACCUUAUGUGUUCCUAGUUUUGUAGUGUUUGCAGGUGCAAUCUCCUGUUGACUAUAGUGCCAUAUUAUGGAAGUCAGAAGAAAUUGUUUAUUGUUGAUCAUACACAGUAUCUAUAAUUCUCUUUUAGUGCUGAAAUACCAACUGUCAUCAGUCCCGGAUUUACGUUUGAGCCCAUAGGAUCUAUGCAACAUUUUUAAGGAAGUAAAUUGUAGACAAAUUAGCCUUCCUGAUAUAUUAAAAAAGUUUGUCUAUUUUACCAAUUUAAAGUUCAGCAUUAUGUUGGACGUCUGAUGGAAACUGUUGCAGCUCAUGCUGAAUUGUAGGUUGAAAUACAUGAAAAUGAGAUUGACUGACCCUGUGUGUGGGCAUAAUUUCACCGUUCAAUUCUUUUUGAGGACAUAAAUUUCACACUUUAUUUACAUAUGUUCUUAUCCAUACCCUUAAAUGACAGCUUCAACUGUUUACAUACUUCUCUUGAAAAAUUGCAUUUUUGAGUUGUGAUAAUCUUUCAUCAAGGGUAAGAUGUGCAGUGGAAAAGCAUGAGGCAAACAAGGUAGACAUCCACUGAGGAUAAAAUAAACCCAAGGAAAACAUUAAAAGAAUCCAGGAUACAUAUUUCAAUUUAAAAUAUUAUUUUUCAAAUCCGAGUGUUUUCAAAGUGAAAGGCAAAAUCCAUCUUGCUGACUCAGUGGACUGUCAGCAAGAACCUGAGAAAUCCAAGUAAGAUGUCUCAAUAAACUUUCACAGAUCUGAUGUCCAAUCCUUAGCUUCCCAUAAGGAAAUUCAGUAUUUGCAUCCCAACAGAAACCCAAGAGAAAGUAAGAACCUUCUCAUGAGCAUAAAGCAUGUAACUUCAACAGCUGGGGUGCAGUUUUGUCUUUCUCACCAGGAAACAUUUCAUUAGACUAUGAUUCGUACUGUGCUUGAGUGUUCUCAUUAUGAAGUUGUACCUACUUCAAAAUUUUAGUAUUGCUUGUGUUGAGUAAUUCAAUCAUUAAUUUUCCAUCAAGUUCUAGGUCUGAACCUUAACUUAAAUUUAACAUUCAAUGAUUUUAACAUUGAAAAUUAAAAUUUCAAAUAAAAAAAUAAAUACAAGGGAUAACUAUUUUGGAAGAUAAUUACAUUGAUUGAAUUAUGUUUUGAUGCUGAUGUCUACUGGUUUCAUAUUUUCAUGCUAUGCCACUGAUGAUUCUAUUUUCUGAAGGCUAAAGAAUACUUUAUUAUUGAGGGACUAAAAAUUUCAUUAACUCCUCAGGAUCUGAAGAAAUGGUAAACAACUUAUUGCUCAGAUACUUCACUUACUGAAACAAACAGUCAGGUUUUUAUCUCAAUUUGGGCAACAAAUAUUACUAAAAUUACAAAAGUAUUAAGAAAUUUCCAAAAUAAAAAUGUGUAAUACACUGGAUUAAAAGGGGCUUAAUUUAUUCUCAAAAUAAAAUCUCUUGUUAUGAAAAUAUCUAAUAAUCUUUAUGUGCUUCUCUCGUUAGACAGUUAUUCAUUUUUGUGAAGUUUAAUUAGAAAAUAUUUUAUAUUUACACUUAUAUUGCAAUAGGAGAUAGUAAAACUGUACCUUGUGCCCAGGGCACCAGACACUUUAAAUCCGGGCCUAACUCUCACCCUUCCUUAUCAGCAGAUAGAAAUAAUUCAAUUAAAAAUUGUUUCUUGACUUCGGAGUUUCCAAUUCUAAAGAAAAGUGAGAAUGUAAUAAAGGAUAAUUUCAAUCAAAACAAGACAUAAAUGGUGUUAACUGAAUUCUGAAUAGUGUAUGUGCUUGAGUGAAUGUAUUGUUUUUCUGUGUGUAAGAAUUAGUUUUAGCUAUUACUACCAAUUUUUUGUACACAUGUAUCAUUUAUUUAACAUGCAUUUAAUUAAUGAUGCACUGAGUACAUUUUUAAUUUAUAAUAAAUAAUUACUAUUACAUAUCUAAUAUAUAUUUUAAUUGUUUGUAAAUUAAAAUUUCCAUAGCUGAGCUUGUAACUUUGUAAAGAUUGUACCAUCAUUUUUAUUAAAUUACUGAGAUC